UUCAGGGCAUUAAAUUAUGGUGCUUUGGGAGUAAUAAUUGGUCAUGAAAUCACACAUGGAUUUGAUGUCUCUGGUACGCUUUUAUUUAUUUGUUAUUAAUCCAAUGAACUAAAUAGUUAUUAUUAUCAAUUAUUUAGUUUGUUUGGCCUUCAGUUCCACAAACUGAGUCCCUUGAUAAUUCUUUAUAUCAUACGAAACCGAAUCCAAUAAUUGAGAAAUAAUCAAAUAAUGAUCAGUUCUUUUUUCCAUUUGCAGAAAGUAUUGUCCUUUUUCCUUCAUAUGUACUUCAAUUAAGAUGUUUCAAAAUUUAAACCUUUCGUUGCUGUUUUCGUUGAUAUUUCAUCUUCAUUAAAAUUUCAUUCCUUCAAUCAAUUUCCACAUUUCGUAUUCGUAACAGGGGCGUAACACAUCGUCAGAGAGUUUAACAUAUUUUUUCAUAUCAACAUUAUGACGUCACUCUGUAUAAUCUAUGUCAAAUAUUCAUGUGUGGUCGCCUGCUAUUGAGAGCUAUUGAGUUGAUAUGACGAUUUCGCUGUUGGCUGUUAGUCAAUCAGAAUUACCGGAUAUUUUUUAAAUGAAUAAUAAUCUUCAUUGAAUUAUGAAAAAAGUAGAUUUAUACACCACUUCGCAACGUGAACAAUUUUAACAUGGAUUAUUCUGCCAAAUUGCACUUGAUAUAAGGUAGAUUUGUAAGAAAAAUUAAACAGAGUAAUUCAGGGUCUAUCUCGAGUCCUAACCCUGAUGUAAAUCAAAUUAGCGUAAGGAAUCCGAUUGUUAUUACAGAUGUAUCGCAUUCACCCCAAAAAUGUUGACGAACACGCCCAUACAACUGGGACAACUGUGGAAUAGGCCUCAAGGACAGGUUGCAGAAAUUUCAAAAUCGGGCUGCAAGAGUAAUUUCUAGUGCGACUUACGAUGUUCGGUCGGUUGAUUUACUUGAAAGCCUGGGUUGGAAACACCUAGAACUAAGGCGAACUUAUCUAAAAUCUGUUUUUAUGUAUAAAAUUCUGAAUAACCACACCGCACCAAAUCUAAGAACAUCCUUUCGAUUGAAUAAUGAAUGUGACAAUACCUAUGAUCUUAGAAAUAGAGAAACCGAUUUGUCUCUUCCUAAACCGAAUACCGAUUCUGGUAAAAGAUGCUUCAAAUAUAACGGAGCGGUAGUAUGGAAUAAUUUACCGUAUGAGGUAAAAGUAGCGGAAUCUUUAAGUUCUUUUCAAAGAACUAUUAAUCAGGCAAACACUUAAAAUUGGCUCGUCCUGUUGCCUACUGUAUAUGUAAUUCUUCUUUCUUUGUUUUUGUAUUUUUAAUGUUUACCUGUACUGUAUAUUUCUCCAAAUCACGCCCCUCAUGGAAAUCAGCUCCUAGUUGUUGAGGCCAGCGUGCUUAAAUAAUUUUUUUGUAUGUUGUUGUUGUAUACUUUUUGUGCGUUUACAAUUAUAAACCGCUAAUCAACUGUUUGUAGUAGCUAACUGUCUCUAAGAACCUGAUUGGUUGUUUUUGCCUAAAAAUACAAAAAUUAAGAAGUAUAUAUGAUACUGUUGCGUGUUACCAUGACUCCAACGCAUUAAAAUGAAUUACUUCAUACCCAAAUAGCUUUUGGAAGUAUGUCUCGGUUAGAAAUUGCGUGGGAUUGCCACAUGUUUGUAUUUUCAAUUAAUAUAAUACAAUUAACAUAACAAAUACGUAUAAGCACUGUUUAAAACACGAGUAGGAGUGUUUUAUCAGAUAUCAAACCGCGAAGCGAGAAAUAGUUUAAAAUACGACUACAAAAGAAUACUAAUUAGGAUGAACAAUUGUAUAGUCAUACUAAUUAGGAUGAACAAUUAUAUAAAGAAUACUAAUGAAGAUGAGUUUUAUUAGAUAUAAAGUCACUCCACGUGAUGUGUUAUGGCUGACAUGAUUUGCUACAUGGUUUAUGAAUUAUUAAUGAUAUUUUAAGUAAUUAUUAUUUUAUGUGUUUGUUCUUUUGUGCGCAGUAUCGUUUUUCUUACUAUAUUGUUUUCUUGCUCUUUUGUUUACUCCCGUUUCUUAUUUCCCCCAUUUUCUGGUUUCUUUGUUUCGCCCGCUACACCCGUAAAUGUAUUGACAUGUCAAUCGCUAAGCGUAUUUACAGCUAGAGCCUAGCUUAGAAUGAUAGGUGGGUUUGUUUAAAAUUAAAUAAAAAUGCUCACCACGCGCAUUAAACUGUGAUGAAAACUACCUAUAUAGUUCCUAUAUAGUAGGCAUGCAUAUGAGUUAUCUAAUGAUUAGUUACCUUUGUUCUAUUAACAGCUGCAUGCUUUGCAAACCUUAAACUCUAAGCGUGCAAAGCAUAAUGGGAACAUAUUUAAUCAGUUUAGAAAACAUGUAUGGGGCCCAUUUCUUGGAGGCAUUGUAAAUAUCUCCUUAUGAAAACAAUUCAUUCACAAAUAGCUGCAAUACUCAACUACUAAGCUUGAAACUUGUGUUCCAUUAAGCUUUGCGGGUUUAGAGUUUAAGGUUUAAGCGGUUUGCAAAGGACAGCCUUUCUUGAAUUGGCUGAAAAUUCUGUCGCAAACUGGAACAUAUUAAGAGGCAAUUUUUUUCAAUGUUGCGUAUUUGCAAUGAAAAGUGUUCAAAACCUAAAAUCUUUUUGGCGUUCCGCUCAAAAUUACUUUGUUUUAGCUUUAUUCUCUAGUUUAUAGAGUUAACUACCUUUUUAAAUGCAUCUGCCGGUUGAGAAACAUAAAAUAAUAGUUAAAAAUUGUUAAUUAAAAUACAAUUAUCAAUGAUGCUUUAAAAUUGACGCCAUAUUUACAGCCAUAUAAGCAAAACUUACUGAACUUCAGACAUCAUUUUCUCUUUGGCGUAUCAUCUAAAAUCUCUUCAUUUUAGCAUUAUUUUAUAAAUAAAGCACUAAACAUACUUUUUAAGUUUGGUUGCCGAUUGAGAAACGUAUCGAAAAAUAAAAAUUUUGAAUUUAGUCAUAACCUCAAGUGGUAUAUUGUACGCAUUAGUUUUGAGCGCGUGUUACGUAACAUUGAAAAAAAUCUCCUCUUAAAGAUGAGUUACUUAAAAGCUUAAUCAUGUUACUUUUUUUUUCUAUGCUUUUGUAAACUGAAACCGGAAGUUGUAAUUAAGUAUGAACAGAAGUCGGGGGAAAUUUAUCCUCAAAAAUAUUAUUUUUAAAUUUGUUUAUCGUUAAUUUAACCAGGCAGUCAGUUUGAUGAGAAAGGAAAUCUGAGAUCUUGGUGGACUGCACAAUCACACAAAAAUUAUCGAAAAAGAUCAGACUGUAUAGCAGUACAAUACAACAACACAUACGUGUAUGAAAGAAAGGUAAUUAAGUCAAAUUGAAAAGUGGAGGUAGUCCAAUUUUGGCGCGUAACCUUGCAGUAAUUAAGUAUUGAGUUUAAUACGAAAAUAUCUCAAACUCAUUAAUAAUUCUCAUGAAUUAUUAAUUAUAAGCCAACCAUAUUGCCUAUGUUGCUCACAUGAUAAUACUGGAUACCUGAUGAAGUAUAUAGAUCCAGUCCUAGGACUGGAUCAAAAUUCCCUCGCAUUCCUCGCAUUUUGAUGCGAAUUACAUGCAAAUCGUCGCAUUUUGAUCCAGUCCUCGGCUUCGCCUCGACGGAUGAAUUGCGGGACUUGAAAUCUAGUCCUGCAGUAGGCCGUUUGCUGUGACCUCGAAAAGUGCCUAUAAAACGAUUUCACUUUCGAACACGCUGAGUUCAAAUCCGGAAACCUCCCGCACCGUAGACCCGCAGUUUUCUCACAAAUUGCGAUUUCAUCUUCACUAAUUUCACAACAAUUCUUUUCAUUGUUCAAUGACACGGAUGGAUGAAGAGACACGAUUGCAUAACUCAAAAUAACUAAUUCCUAUGAACCAGUCUCUACAUAGGCUCAGAUUCCAGCCGUUGUGUUCUCUACAUUGAACAAAAUCUCUACAUUGAACAAAAGACCUUUUUGCGUGGUUUAUUUUGAGUUAUGUAAUUUUAAGCGCGUUGGACAUAAGCAACAUACACUGUAUCUUGUCUACAACUUUGGGAAGGUACCGAUAUCGCUUUGUAAAACCCUCAGUUCUGGCUGUAUCUCUAUAAAAUCACAAGGACGUCAAUGUUAAGUCAUUGGGCUAUGUCUCUGGGAUGAGAAAUAAUUCCUUACAUGCCAUCAAAAUGUUUUAUACAUCAAAAUGUUUUAUACAACGAUAUAAAACGGUAAUCUUAUGGAAUGGGUCAGCAUUUACAUUUCCAACACAGUUUCUGAGAUGUAAUUCAAGAGGUAACUUAUCAUUGCAUUUGAACUAUUAUUAUAUCAGUUCGUGUUAUUCUGUGCGAUAAGCGAAUAUUAUUGGAAAGAGGGCUGCCAUAUACGUUAAAAUCACCAAAUAAACAGCUUAUGCACACAUUUCUGCACUUCGUCGUAAGUUUACAGAGCAGAUUUUAUACUUUGGCACUAAUCUUUGUCUUUGAUGUGAGCAUUUAUUCUUCUAGUUUAAGGUUAUUUAAGAUUGAUCCUGUCGUCAGUCUUCUACCAGCAAACAAUCGACAAUAUUUCAUUUUAGCAUUCUCUUAGCCGUUAUGUUGGCUUCGUUACCUUGAUCGCGUUAAAAUAAUUAUUUUUUCAGGCCAGUGACAUAGCCAAAAGACUUAGCAUUAUUUCCUUGUGAUUUUACAGAGAUAUCGCUAGAACUGAGGAUUUUAGAAGGCGUUAUCUGUACUUUCUCAAAGUUGUAGACAAGAUAUGUUGUUUAUGUCCAACAUGCACGCAUAAGAUUACAUAACUCAAAAUGAUUCGAGCAAAACAGUCUUUUGUUAAAAGGAAGACUGGUUAAUUGAAACUGGUCGUUUUGAGUGAUAUAAUCGUGUGUCGUCAUCGAUCCGUGUCGUUGAACAAUGAAAAGAUUUGUUGUAAAAUUAGCGAAAAUAAAAUAGCAGUUUGUGAGAAAACUGCCUGUCUACGGUGCGGGAAGUUUUCGGAUUUGAACUCAACGUGUUCGAAAGUGUUAGUUCCCAUAAAAAAUAUUUCAGUUCCAAGACAUGCUCAAUGAAAGUGAACGAUAACGGGACGCAGCAAACGACCUACAGUCCUCAUAGUCGGAGUUGAAAUAUUACUUCACAUGCGAAAGUUCCUUUGACAUCUGAGACGUUCCAAUUUCACAUACGAAAUAGUAAUUUCACAUGUAAAAUUAAUUCUCACAUAUUAACCUCUAUUUUCACAUGUGGAAACAUUUGUGAAACAUAAAUUUCAUCUGUGAAAAUUCUAAAUUUCACAUAUCAAAUAGUAUUAUAUAGUAUUUUCCGCCAUCAAGAAUCUACGUCAUGAAGUCCACCUUAUCAUAACCCGCACACCCGAUUACCUAUAUAUACAUGAACUUACGGUUACAGCUUAACAGCUGGCCUCUGUAGCUCAGUUGGUUAGAGCGCUGUACUGGAAUCGCAGGGCCCUAGGUUCAAUUCCUACCAGAGGACCUUGUGCUGCAUUUUCGCAGUCGUUCCUGGUUAGGUCUUAAAAUGUAUAUAUUCUCACUUGGAUUCCAAACCCUAACAUUCUAAUAUUAAUUCCACCAAGUGAAGUGCAAGAAUCUAAGUCAUGAAGUCCACCUAUUGUGAUAUGUGCCAUUUUCUAGUUCCACACAAUGUUUUACAUGUGAAUUUAUUUUCAUAUUAAUUUUCUUGUCAAUAGGUUCUAAACUGACAAUUGCUAGUACCAUUUUCGCAUGGCUGUUAAGGAGCUUUAUUCGUGACGCAUUUUUGAGUAAUUUUACCUUGUUCAAAGAAAGUUUGAUAGCGUAAACAAAUUUUGAAGUAAUAUUUCAAGUACGACCAUGAGGACUGGACUAGAUUUCAAGUCCGCGCAAUUUGAUCAAGUCCGAGGCGAAGCCGAAUUGGAGGAUUUGAAAUGACAUCUCAUACGAAUAUAUCACUACUUAAAGUGAGGUGAAUUAAUUUUGAUCCAUUUGCUAGACCUGGAUGAAUAUAUUUCACCAGGUAUCCAGUAUUAUCAUGUGAGCAAAAUAAAGCAAUAUGGCUGGCUAAUUUACUCAUGCAUUAUUAAAAUGAUUUGAGAUAUAGGUUUACACUUCACAUACUUCGAUCAAACUGUACACCUUAAAAACACCCUGGUUAAAAUUUCCAUGGUUAGUAUAGAUAAUCAUGCGAUGUUGCUCCUACAAUUAGGGAUUAAUAGUACGAGUGAUGUUUGGAAAUUUUGCCAAAAUUGGACCAGCCGGGGCGAGUCCAAUUUGGCAAGUUUCCAAACAUCACGAGUGCCAUUAAUCCCUAAUUGUAGGAGCAACAUUGCAUGACUACUUGUUUAUUAUUAGCAUGACAAAAUUGGAUACUUAUCAAUGACAAUGUCAACAUCAUAUUAUCUCGCGAAAGCCCAGUCCUGCCAGACUUUCAACCAAAAUUUGGUGCUUUUGUUCGUAUUUUCAUUUAGUUAUCUAUAGUUCCUCUUGCUCAAUUCCAUUUCACAUUUGUGUUUAAAAUACCUUUCCGCCAUUUUGUUUGUUUUUGGAAAAUCAUUAAUUGUACUGCAGUACAAGUAAUGAAGUAAUUGUACUCCUCUCAACCAAUCAGCAUCCAGUAAUUUUGUCAUGCUAAUAAUUAGCCUGCAUGGCAGGUGGUCCCUAAAAUCGGGCAAGCCUGCCAUGUAGGCUAGCUAAUAACAAACUUAGAAAUGGCCCAUAUUUGGGUUGAUUUCAUAGACCUAUAGUUAAAUUUCCUGGUUAUUUUGUCUCACCUCCUACUAUUUUUACCAGGACGCCGUGGUUAAAUUAACCAGACUAGGUGGAUAAAUAAGAGAGUCCUGGUAGGAAGUGAGAUGAAAUAAACAGGAAUGUUAAGUUAAUUCAGAUAUAGGAUUAUGUCUAGAUUGACUAGGAAAAUUAACAGUGUUAUCUUCAGGGUGUACUUUGACAGUGUAAAGGAGAAGGUUCUUUUAUAUAUAUAUAUAUAUAUAUAUAUAUAUAUAUAUAUAUAUAUAUAUAUAUAUAUAUAUAUAUUUUCUUCUACAAUUUUUGUUUGGUAUUUUGAUUUAGUUGGACGGGGUGAAGACAUUAUCUGAAAACAUAGCGGACAACGGUGGUCUGAAGUACACAUAUCGAGUAAGUUUUUCUAAUUUUAAUAGUUUAUCAGAAAUUGAAACUUGCAGUCAAUAGUAGAUGAUGACUGAAUUGAAUCCAACUAUACCACUGGAG